CAUAAACCAACCAUGUAAUUCUUUUAAAAAUUAGCUUUCUUAGAGCAAGUUUAGCUUUUAACAUGGUAAAAAAACUAUUCCUCCAUCUCACUAAUUCAACUAACUGGCUGGUACUGGGGAUCCUCAGGGAUGAAAGUUCGGGACGUAGAAUGUCAAGCGAAGAUUCAAAAUAAUAGAAUUUUUGUGGUUAAAAUAGAAUUUGGAAGAUACAUACUUUUCUGGGUUUUCUUGGAUUUUUAGAAAGUUUUCUUCUUUUUCAUUUUGGCUAAUUUUUUUGCUGGAGAAGUUUCUUUACACAGUACUCCAUGUUUGCUCUAUGAAAGCUCAGAACGACAAUAAAAACUAGUAUUGUGCAUACACAAAAUUUUGCAUUUUCUGGAUUUAUUUUCUUUAAGAAAAGGCCCUUUCACCCUUUCUUUUAUCUGGAAUUGUCCCUAACAAUUUUCUUCAUUUGAAUUAAGUGAGAGAAUUGAAAUUCAAAGAUAUGGGAAAACAUGGGCCUUGCUACCACUGUGGUGUUACCAGCACCCCACUCUGGCGUAACGGGCCUCCUGAAAAACCCAUUCUUUGCAAUGCAUGUGGAUCGCGGUGGAGGACAAAAGGGACAUUGGCAAACUAUACUCCUUUGCAUGCUAGGGCUGAACCCGGGGACAUUGAUGACUAUAGGCCUUCUAGGGGGCGAAACGUAUCUGGGAAAAACAAAGAGGCAAGAUUCUUCAAAAGGAAGCAUGGCUUUGAUUAUGAUUAUGCUGAAAAUGGAGUUUUUCCGCAGUAUAGUCACUGUUUGCUUAAGAGUUUUGAGGAAGAUACAAGCAAUAGAUCAAGCUCUGGCUCUGUCCUCUCAAAUCAAGAUAGUGUUCGGUUUGGCGGUACUGAAGUUAGUGAAAUGACAGGCCAAGCCCAAUCUAAUAUAUGGGACACAACAGUGCCUUCAAGGAAAAGAACAUGUCUUGUUGGGCGUGCAAAGCAACCAUCUCCGGUUGAGAAGCUCACCAAAGAUCUAUGCACUAUCUUACAUGAACAACAAUCGGCUUCUUGCAUCUCCAGAUCUUGUGAAGAUGAUUUGCUUUUUGAGAGUGAUAGACCAAUGGUUUCAGUUGAGAUAGGACAUGGGGGUGUUCUCAUUCGGCAUCCAAGCUCGAUAGGAGGGGAAGAGGAGUCCGAGGCGAGCUCUCUUUCUGUUGAUAACAAGGUGCUUUCUGUAAAUAUGCCAACUACGGGAAGCGAAAGAAUCAAGAAACCAUUUGGACAAGGAAUGGAUCAAGAGCUGAUGAAGAGUUUCAGGGAUAAGGAUCAGCUUGAAGAGCUGCCAAUUCUAGCUCAUCUUGAUUCACCAUUGGGUUAUAUAGAUCUACAGGAUGUUAAGUGUGACGAGAUUAGCAACGGGACCGAGUCCAUGGUUGUUGGAACCGAUGAUAUUAAACAACCACAAGAUGGACACCUUCCAAAUGAUUCAGAUGGAAAUGCAGUAAUAAAGAGUCAGAAAACGGCGACAAAUAGGGGCAGAAAUGACACAAUAAAGAAUGACAGUUCUUCUUACAGUCCGAAAUUGCCAUCCGAUCACAAUCAUUGCCUUGAACUUAUAGAUCCCAUUGGUUUUAAAACAGUAAGCUCAUUUGAUCAGAGGGAAGAGGAGGAAGAGGAGGACUUGCUUCUUCUGGAUGUGCCAUCUAAUUCCUCCUUUCCUCAAGCUGAACUCUUCUUUCCAACCCCUAACAGCUUCCUUUCUCAUCAGGCAAGCCCUAGUUGUACCUCAGUGUACCACCGCAAUCUUGCCUGUCCCAUGAACUAACAGACACUGCUCAUUACAUAUGUUGCACAACUUAUCUAGGGGCAAGUUUGGUGAUCAUGGUGCACUCUUUUGUCAUUUUUGAGCUCGUGGUCUCUUCAAAACCGUCUCCCUACUUUCAAGUAGGGUAAGGUCCUCGUUGACACACACCCUCUACAGACCCUACUCUUGUGUGAUCUUUUUUUUGGGUGCACCCUUUUGUCAUGAUCAUGCCCUUUGAUUUUUAAAUUGCUUCAAAUUUUGAAUAUCUAGGGUCUUCAAAUUUUGAAUAUCUAGGGUAUACAAUGGAUGCUAGUGGGAUCUUCUGUUGUAUAGGAUGAUGACUAGCACUGUAUGAUAUCAAGAGCUGUAAAAAUGUAAAUGUAAAUGCAGUGUUGGGGUG